GAAAAGAUUGUGUCAAGUGAUUGCAGGGACUUAGGCAAAGAACAUAACUAUUCUAAAGAAAAAUCCAGAAGUAUAUCAUGUAACAUCAACAAUAACUGCUUGCUCAGAAACCAAAAAUCAAACACAAUCCCUGCAUCAAGGGUUUUUGCUUUCAAUUGUUUGUCUCAACUCAUCUUCGCGCAUAGCUCAGUGGUUUUAGGGAGCAAUCAACAUGGCGAAGUUGUCGUCAUCUUCUUCGAACUCUGAGAAUUCCAGAGAACUAGUGUGCGUGGGAACAUUGGAAAUCGCCACUCCCAAACCCGUUGGGUUUCUCUGCGGCUCAAUCCCCGUUCCAACCGACAAGUCCUUCCACCAUGCUUUCCAUUCUGCCCUUCUCCCUAUUCCCCAAACGGUGAAUGCUCCUCGUUACCGUUACCGGAUGCUGCCGACUGAGACUGAUCUGAAUACUCCCCCGCUUCUGGCCAAUUUUCCGGACAAGGUUCUUCCUGUUGGCGCUGUUCACUCCAAGACAAUAGGAGGAGGUGCUUACUCUUUACCCUUGGAGUAAAUUAAUUAUAUGUUAUAAGUGGAAUCUCAUGUACAGUGGUUCAAAAUAUGUUCUAUUCUACCUUUUCGCACUUGGUGGUUGUGUAUUUUUGUUUUCACGUUCUUCAAAGCUAUCAUAAAUUGCAAUUGACAUUGUAGGAAAACACAAAAUUUGGCGGUUGUCAUUCUUUAUUUGAGGGUGUCAUUCUUUAUUUGAGAGUCCCCUUCGUGAUCGGUUGUUCCAUUGUAUUUUAGCCUAGGAUGUGUUGAUGGUAGUCUCAUUGUAAUUUGACCUCUCUCUUUUAGAGUUUGUUAUCUAAUUUUUGUUUUUUCCAUUCUUAGUUCUGUGGACUUUCAUUGAAUUUAGAUACAUAUAUUUAGUUAUAACCAU